AUGGAGAGUUCAUAUCACCUGGACAGAGCAAAGAAAGAUAUCAACAGACUUAAGUCCCGCGUUGAAGCUUUAGAAGUCGAGACCAUUGAUCUGAAGCACGAACUAGACAUCGCUUACUCCCUGCUCAAGGUACAUAGGAGAGUGUUACGUAAGAUUGUUGGAGGUGCUGAUCCUGGGAGUAUCAAUCUUCAGGAGGAAUAUGAUUAUGACUCCGAGUAUGAUCAUACUAAUCACCGUGCUGUCCUGAACUUCUGUACUGUCUCUGCUCUACUGUUCAAUUCAUCAACCAUUCUUAAGUAUUGCGUCUAUCUUCCUUUCAAGCAUUUGGAAGCCAAAAACAUACACAUAAACAUCUUAAGAGCUCUCUCCCCUCUGACAAAACAAUCUGGUUUUGAUCCUAAUCCGCCUCAACCUGACCCCUUCAAGACCCCUCAGCCUGCAGUCAGAUUCAAACUAAAAAGUGAAUCGCCAGAUCCACUCGCGCCGCGGGACGCUGUAUCCUUCGACUGGUAG